AUGAAAUUAACCCGCGUCCGCACUGCUUUGAACUCCGCUACGGUAGACCGACUUAUUCGACGUGGAUGGAGUGAGGAAAAAGCUUUGCGGCAAGCAUUUCACGAUACCAACGAACAGAUGCUUGGAGAAUUGAGUGCACAUGGUCUUCUUGUGGGUCGAUUCCUUCAAGAUCAGGCACUACUGCAUGUGUCGUCCUUCUACGUCACGGCCGAUUGUGGACAGCAAAUUGUGGUGAUUCCUCCUGCGUUCUAG